GGUAGUUAGAGCUAGAGUAAGACAUAUCGCGCUUUUCUAUUAACCUACAUAUAUCAGUAUACAAUAAGUAAGAUAAAAACCUGUAUCAAUAUUAAUGAGAGAAAAACGGUGAUAUAUACAGUACUUGUGAAUUUUUCUUACGUACUGACCUUGUUGUUAAGUACUGUUAGUAUAUUGAAAGGUGUGUUCGUGAUAUUAAAAUGUGAUAUUAAACUUAAAUAUUUCUGUGUACAUAAGGGCGUGGUAGGGGAUUGGACCAUGGAUGAGCCAGAGACCGGCGAGAUGUUAGGGAUCCUUGACGGUUCAGCCGACGAAGUCUCGCCGGCAGCUAGCAGGAUCAUUAGAGUGUUCUUAAGUUCAACGUUUUCAGAUAUGGCAGAAGAAAGAAAUAUGCUGUUACAAGACGUGUACCCAAAGAUCUCUGACUAUGCCAAGAGAAAAUAUGGCGUCAGUUUUCAGAUGGUUGACAUGCGAUGGGGUGUUACAAACGAAGCCCAGAACGAUCACAUGACGUCAGCAUGCUGUCUGAAAGAAAUACAAAACUGUCAGAAUGUCUCUGUAGGGCCGAACUUUGUGAUGCUUAUCGGACAAAAGUAUGGCUACCGCCCUAUUCCUGCAUCCAUUGACGCAGAUGAGUUUGAAAUCAUUCGCAAGAACCUUGAGGACGAUGAAGACGAUCUAAGUGUUCUAGACAUUUGGUAUCUUAGAGAUGAAAACAUCGUGCCGCCGCAAUACGUUCUUCAGCCCAUCGACAGUAUACUGAAAAACUACGAUAGCUCGGAUGAUGAUCUUAAGAGAGCUUCCCGUGAUGAGUGGCAAGAUACAUUCGAGGAGCUUAGAGAUAUUCUAAUGGCUGGUGCUGAAAAAGCGUUUGAUAAUGGCGAAAUAGGUGGACAAACAAAGGAGAAAUAUUUUAAUUCAGUGACGCAAGAAGAAAUAGAACUUGGUCUGCUUCAGAGCUCGAAAGACAUAAACAAGAAAUGUUUAUGCUUCAUUCGAGAUAUAGAGGAUUUGCACCAAAACGUCCAUCACCACAGAGCAAUGAAAUUCAUUGACUUACUUCCGGCUGAAAAUGGCAGUUCCGCACAAAUUGAUACUGAGGCUCAGGAUAGGCUAAAAUUACUAAGAGACAAUGAUAUCCCAGAGAAACUGCACCAAGACAAUAUAGUUCGUCUUUCAACACAUUGGAGUGACAGUGCUGGUGUCAGUGUUUCGGAUAACUCUGAUUAUUUAAACAAAUUGGCCCAAGCGUUCUAUGACAAGAUGACUUGGCUGAUUGAUUCAAAUUUGGAGGAGAAAAAUUUGAACGAAGAUGAGCAAACAAAAGAAAUACGCCAGAGUCUUCUUAUACGCAACAAAUGGAGUAGCAUCUUCUUUGGCAGAAGUGGUGUUCUGAAAGCUAUCGAGAAGUACAUAAAAGAUGGUUCGAACAAUCGUCCUCUGGCAGUGUAUGGUGAAAGUGGAACUGGAAAAACUGCAGUUAUUGCAAAGUGUGCGAAGGAAGCGAAGAAAUGGGUCAUAUCAGCAAAACCACCUGUAAUCAUUAUGAGAUUUCUCGGGACAAGCCCUAGAAGUUCACAUAUUCUACUGACACUGCAGAGUCUGUGCUCUCAAAUUUGUGAUGCCUAUGGCAUGGAUAAAUCUAACAUUCCUUCAGAAUUCAAGGAGCUAGUCACCUUUUUCUCUGACAUUUUAAAGGAGGUAACUUCGCACCCGAGACCUCUGCUCAUCUUUCUUGACUCCGUGGACCAGUUGUCUGUUUCUUUUGAUCCGUUUACAUUCCAAUGGCUACCAAAGUAUUUGCCUAAAAAUGUCAAAAUCGUCAUAUCCUUUGUUCCAUCUGUGUUUACUUUGCUCAGACGAUUCAAAACACAUCUGGGAGACAAAGCAUCCAAUGCGGAACCUCUUCCGGCAUUAGGUGACGUACAUAGUAUGGAUAUUAUCAAUGCUCGGCUUUCCGAGUGUGGUAGGACUAUAACCUCUAAUCAGAGCGCCAUUAUCCACGAUAUAUUCUCAAAUUGCAGCCUUCCAUUAUUUUCAAGGGUAAUGUUGGAAGAAAUUCUCACUUGGAAAUCGUAUACCACAGUCAGCUUAAAUAUGGUUUCCUCUUCAUUGAAGGAGGCUCUAAACAACUUCUUCCGGCGAUUAGAAUUGCAUCAUGGGAGAGUCUUGGUCAGACACGCGCUUGCCUAUAUUACUGCAGCUAGAGAGGGACUUUCAGAAAUGGAGCUGCUUGAUUUGUUGUCCCUGGACGAUGAAGUGCUUAACUCAAUAUUUCUGUUCUGGUUGCCCCCGAUACGCAGAAUCCCUCCAUUUCUGUGGACAAGACUUCGUCUCGAACUUGGUGUUUUUCUCGUCGAACGUGACGCAGGUAAUGUUGAAGUUUUUAACUGGUAUCACAGAAUGUUCAAAGAGGCUGCAGCUGAACGAUACUUGGUUGACGAAGAGAUAAAGGUUAAAAUACACAGAAAUAUCGCAGAAUAUUUUCUUGGCACUUGGAGCGGCAAAGCGAAACCAUUCAGAUACAGCGUUUUCCUCAAGUCAAGAUUGGCUCUUACAACGGAUGAUGGCGCCGAGGACAGGAAUGUCCCUGCGCAUGCUCUAGUCCUGUGUCGCAGUAAAAAAGGAACUUUGUACAAUAAACGCAAGUUAACAGAAUUGCCGUUCCAUCUGAUAAAAUGUGGGAACAAACAGGAACUUUUUGAUAAAUGUCUCUUCAGUUAUAAUUGGUUGUGGACAAAAAUUACCACGUCUGGGUUGCAGUUUGUUGUUGAAGAUUUUGAGUUGGCCUUAACGGUGUUCGAGGACACUGAGAUACAGGCACUUGCAGACACUUUGAGAAUUGCUGGAGUUACACUCGAUGAUUAUCCAGAGAACCUAGCUUUAGAGGUAACGGGCCGUCUGAUCGAUAUGAUCAACACAAUGCCAAAAAUACGUGAUCUUCUUCACAAAUGUGACGAGCAAGGCAUAGUGCACUCGUCGGUUGUUGUUCCAGUGCAGAUGUACGAAGUUCCAAUUAGUUCGCUUACUAGGUCAAUUGAAGGCGCCACGGCCGAUAAUGGAGACAACCUGCUUUUGCGGAAAGAUACUAGGGUUGUCUCGAUUUGCCUAAAUGGCAGCGUACAGUCUUGGGAUACCAGCAAAGGUACCCUCGUAAAUGAAGUAUCUCUACCAAAGAUGAAGUCCGAGUGCUACCACCAGUUUGGCUUAUACCCCAGCCGGGAUGAAAGAUAUAUCGUCUGUGAGUGCCGACCAGGUAGUCAGUAUAUUUACACUUUGGAAACAGAUAGUCUGCGAAUUGUAAACGAACACAAACUGUCUUCUGCCAAUAUCUUUCAUGAUAUUACAGUGAGCCGGAACUAUGUGUGUAUGGAUAACGCCGUGUACGAGAUCCAUCAUGGUAAAAAGGUCCGCGAUCUAAACAACUACAGAAAAGUGAAUGCCUAUGUCCAGCUUGCGGUCACACAGUGUGAAAAGUACAUCUUGAUAGGCGAUGGGUCUCUUGACAUGUAUAAAAUUUAUACAGGCAAACGCGUAAAGCAACUUCCGGUGACGAAUUGUGUUAGCUGUAUUCAACUGACGUCUGAUGGAAGACUGGCCAUAAUUGGUUCGACAGUUGACUGCGCAAUCAAAAUAUUUGAUGUAAACGACUUAUCGAAGACGUUUGGGGAAGAAGUGGUUACGUACAAUCCACAGAGCUCAUUUCCGGAAGAAAUUAUGUCGGCUGAUAGUUACGCGUCACAAGAAGUCUCCGAACUGAGUUUGUCAAAUAAAGAGGGAGCUUUCGUCAGUUUAGUAAAACGAAAGUAUCCUAUUAUAUGGAGUCUUAAAAACGUCAGCACAAAACCGAGGCUACUUAAAAUAUCAAAAGGCCCGAAUCCUUUCCGAUAUCUUUUUCAAGUCCAGUUUUCGGCAGACGACAAGUUUAUCUUGGCAGCAGAGUUAUCGCCCAACAUAAUGAUGUGGGAUUCCAUCAGCGGAAACUUGGUGGCUGUAUUUCAGGCUCAUGGAAAUGAUAUUCAUGAUCUAGUCGUAGGGCGGAAUAGUUCUGUGGCAAUUACCGCACAGCAGAACGGUUCAGUGAUCAAUGUUUGGGAUAUCCAGAAAGUGCUUACAAUGGAAAAGAUGUCGUCUGUCAAGCAGCAAGAAUAUUCUGUGAAAAAUAUAGCAUUCUCAAAUCAAAGUAACAUUAUAUUUCUGACUCGCGUUCAACCGCCAAAAAGCAGUAAAGCUUACCACUAUAUUGAUUACUUUGGGGUAGAAAUAAUUGAUCUUGCCAGCGGAAAAGCAGGGACACUGCUUCCGUUUGAUAGAUACGGACAUGUUUUAAGUAUUGCCAACUCAAAGGAUGCAUCUGUCGUUGUAGUCUGCACCGGAAACGCUCAGUCGAAUUCGAUUUCUGUCAUUAACAUUGAGACUGGAAAACUGCUCAAAACGAUGUCAGUGCCAGGAUGUAAAAGUGUGAAACUUUCAAGAAGGGGAGAUUACAUGUGUAUUCUUAUGGAGGAAAAGGCAGAACUCUAUUCCGUCCCCGCCUUUGAAGUUGUUGGGAAAUUUGACGAUUGCACAAGUGGAAUGUUUACAAAAACGAAUGCUUUUGUAGGGAUUGGGCCUUCACAGUUACUGAUCCAGGAAUCGAUGGAAGACGACGAGACGCUGACUAUUGACCUCGCUGGUGACGUCAUUGCAAUUCACUACUGUGAGGUCAUUGAUCUGAUCCUUAUUACUGUGGACGAUGGAUUGCAGGUUGUUGUGACAGCAUUUAAAACAGAGGGAUUUGGUGCUAUAGGAUCCCUCACGGAAGUAAGCCGUGACGGCAUAAAUGAUAUAGCUGAUGAUGGAUCAAUAUGCAUUGACUCGGAACUACAGGUUUUUGAACUUGAGCGAUGCAAACGUAUAAAGAAACUUCUGCCAAAUUCAAGUAAGGGUGACGUGACUUGCGUCCGGCUAUCGAGCAAGGGAGAGCAUGCUGUGUUUAUUGAUACUAUACCGGCGCCGUGUGUGAAAGUAUGCCGCAUCAGUGAUAGCCAGAUAGUUGCAAAAUGUUUUCUACACUGUGUUCCAGAGUUCCUUGAAGUAGUUCCAUCAAUGAAUCUCAUCGUGGUUAUUGGUAAAGACAAUAAAAAACUAUUUGUGCUAGCUUUACGUGACCAUGACCGGAAGUACAAGUAUACAAACAUGGAGGAUCGUCUGGCACAAAUUCUCGGUGUCAAAUCAAUGAGAGAUAUAUCGAAAUUUGAACUUCCAGAGAAAGUCAGAGAGGCGUUAAAGGAAAAUACAAAAUCAGAACAGAUAAAACACAUAACUCUGAAUGAAAAUGAAAUGAAUGUUAUAGGUAGACAGGGGACAGUGGUGUAUAAAAAGAAAACUGUAAAAAAGUCAAGCUCAUGUAGGCUGUUGUGAUAAAAAUGUGACUUAUUGCAAAAUGCAAGCUCACUGCCAACUGGUGUAUUAUACAGUAUAUCAACAGGUUAUGACAAAGGUAUAGGAUCAAGGAACGGUAAGGGCGUUUUUGAAUGCCUCAAUCAUGUAGUUUUAAAAGAAAAUCGAGUAACUAGAUCUAACACUAAAAGAAAGUAUUUGAGCAAAUUUUAAAUGUAAAUUUUACUAAAUUAAAAUGAUUUAUGUUACUGUUCUACAUUGUUUAGGAAAAUUCUUGUCAGGUAAUGCAUUUUGUUUUCCUAUCUUUGAAAACGCCCUCGCGCACCAAUACUAGUUUAUUUAUAGCGGUUCAGUUAUACUUACAAUGUCGAAUAUUUCUAGGAAGCUAGUGUAAAUUGUGCAAAAUACACUUCAUGUUACGUCUGUCAAAUUUUACAUUUGUCAACUAUGUCAUUUCUCCUGUCCUACAUUAUGCUAUUUAUCUCAUGUCUUUCAUUUAAAUCUUCAUUAGCAUUCACCAUCAAAUCGAGGAACUGUUUUACGGGUAACCACUUCCGUAUUGUUGACCAGUGGCAAGUAACUGUGAUCUUAUGCCUAUUUAUAUUUAACACAUGAACUGCAUGCACACACUGAUAUUCAGAAAAAUCAAAAAUCAUUGCCAGUUUGAUUGGUUAUUGGACACAUAAUGAUAAUUUACAUUUUCCAUUCGAUUAGUAUUCUCCGUAUGCGAUAUUGGUAUUAUCCGGUUAUUUUGGCCGAAAGAUGCCGAAAAAUUAUACGUAGGCGAUUUCUGCAUUAUCCGGUUGUUACGGAAUAGUGAUUUUGGCAGGAUGCCGAAAAAUUAUACGUAUGCGAUUUCGGCAUUACCCGGUUGUUACGGAAUAGUGAUUUUGGCAGGAUGCCGAAAAAUUAUACGUAUGCGAUUUCGGCAUUACCCGGUUGUAACGGAAUAGCGAUUUUGGCAGGAUGCCGAAAAAAUAUACGUAUGCGAUUUCGGCAUUACCCGGUUGUUACGGAAUAGCGAUUUUGGCAGGAUGCCGAAAAAUUAUACGUAUGCGAUUUACCCUGUUGUUACGGAAUAGCGAUUUUGGCAGGAUGCCGAAAAAUUAUACGUAUGAGGUUUCGGCAUUACCCUGUUGUUACGAAAUAGCGAUUUUGGCAGGAUGCCGAAAAAUUAUACGUAUGCGAUUUCGGCAUUACCCUGUUGUUACGGAAUAGCGAUUUUGGCAGGAUGCCGAAAAAUUAUACGUAUGCGAUUUCGUCAUUACCCUGUUGUUAUGGAAUAGCGAUUUUGGCAGGAUGCCGAAAAAUUAUACGUAUGCUAUUUCGGCAUUAUCCGGUUUCAGUAUUUAUGUCCACAAAUUCCGAAUUGCAUUCUGAGAAUACGAAAUAAUACGGAAAUUGCCGAUUGUGAUUACCAUCGUAUUUGUACUCUGUAUACAAAAUCAUUUGGAUUUAUUGUCUGGCGUUUCUUUUGUUCUUCAGAACUGCAGAAAACUGAACGUUUGCAUUUAUAUAUUUGGUCAUUUACUACAUAAUUUAGUUUUGUAUUGUAAAUAUGCUAUAGGUUAUAUUACUUGUUACAUUAUUUUGUAUAAUUUUAGCUACUAAGAUUAAACAACGCACAAUCUUGUAUAUUGCAUAUUUGAUAUAUAUUUUCUAUAUAAAUUCGACACAGUGUACGGGUUUUUUCAGUUGAGGACCAUUUAUGUUUGCGUAUGUGAACCCGUAUGCCACCUUAAAUCUCAGUCUGUCUAAUAACAAAAAACACUAUUCUUUUCUUACCUCCCAUAAGUUUCUAACAUUUUCAUUUAUUAAAAGAUGGGUCACAUUGUCUCCCCCUAAAUUUAUGUGGAGGGUCAGUUAAUUUUGUUGCCCGGUUUGGCUAGAAAAGGUGGUCGACAAAACAUAUUGAUAAUUGUGUUUGUUAGUGACCCUCCGGUCGACAAAACAUACCACAUACUAGGUUUGUUAGUGACCCUCUGGUCGACAAAACAUACCACAUACUAGGUUUGUUAGUGACCCUCCAGUCGAUGAAUCAUACUACAUACUAGGUUUGUUAGUGACCCUCAACGGAAAUAUGUGAGGCCAGUAUGAUAAAUUUUGGACUCGCCCCAAACUUAUAACAUUGACCUCAUAUAUUUCUGCGGAUGGUCAUUAACAAACCCAGUAACUAGUGCUUGAAUAGUCGGAUGUAUUGUAAAUUUAAUUAUUUAUAAAUGAAGCUAUCUGUGAUAAUAGAUAUCAAUAAUAAAAAUUUGAAAAGUUAUAACAA